CUCGCUCCCUCGCGCAGUGGCAGAGAACGCGUUCGUUCGAGGCGUUCGACUUUCGAGCGGCGACGUACGCUAGCGUGUAUGUCUUCAUUAUUGAUGCAAAAGUUCCACGAUGGUAGAUCAUAACCAGAAAUUGUUACAGGAGUUGCAAAAGAAAACCGGGAAUAAUGUUUGUGCCGAUUGUGGAAAUCCGGACCCGGAUUGGGCUUCGUACAACCUUGGUAUAUUCAUCUGCAUGCGAUGUGCAAGCAUUCACCGCGGCAUGGGCGCACACAUCAGCAAAGUCAAGCACCUGAAGUUGGACCGCUGGGAGGACUCGCAGGUGCAAAGAAUGAAGGAGGUCGGUAACAAUGCCGCGAGAAACAAAUACGAGGAAAGAGUCCCACCGUGUUACAGAAGACCUAAUAGGAACGAUCCGCAAGUACUGAUUGAGCAGUGGAUCCGAGCGAAGUAUGAACGGGAGGAGUUUUGUCACCCUGAGCGGCAGAGCUACCUCUCUGGCACAAUGGAAGGGUUCCUAAUGAAGAGAGGCAAAGAAGACAGCCGUUACCAGCUGAGGAAGUUCGUCUUAAGUGAGAAUGAAGACACCCUUAAGUAUCACGUUAGAGAAAAUAAGGAACCUAAAGGCGUGCUCAAACUGUCAGAGUUGAAUGUAGCGUUCGCGCCAGCUAAGAUCGGUCACAUGAACUCUAUGCAACUGACGUUCAUUAAAGAGGGAUCGACGCGGCAUAUCUACGUGUAUCAUGAGGACCCAGAAGUUAUUAGCAAUUGGUACACAGCAAUCCGUUGCGCCCAGCUCCACUUACUCCAAGUGGCGUUCCCUUCAACACCCCAGUCGGACUUAGUGCUCCGCCUACCUAAAGACUUUGCCCGCGAAGGCUGGCUCUGGAAGACUGGACCUCGCCCCUCUGAUGCCCACAGGCGUAGAUGGUUCACUUUGGAUAACAGGAAGCUAAUGUACCACGAUGAACCGCUUGAUGCUUAUCCGAAGGGCGAAAUAUUUGUCGGUCACGAAUCAAACGGUUACUGUAUCAAGGUAUCCAACACGGGCAACGGUUGCAAGGAGGCCCGCUUCCCGUUCCAGCUGGUGACCCCCGACCGCACGUACUGCCUCGCCGCCACCACGCACGAGGACCGCGACGGCUGGCUCGCCGUUAUACAGCAGACCAUCAAGAGGCCGCUCACGCCGCAGGACUCUACCAUCGAGGCCACCCUAGUCCGUAAGCGGACGACGUCUAACUCGAUCAGCAUAUUCUCGGGCAGGUAGUCGGUAGGGCCGCGCCCGCCCCCGUACCACGUGAUGACGUAUCGCUAGGGCCGGUACUGCGUCAACGCCUGCUUACAACGCUGCGUCACCAAUACGACUGCUAAUAAUUAUAAUUAAAUUAUUAUUAAAAACAAACCUUUUAGAAUUAUUUUAAUGUCAUUUAUUUUACUAUAUGACGAGUUCACGUUGACUCUUGUACAUACAAUUAUUUUGAUUAAAUGAUUUUAAUCUUUAUCCAUUAUUUAAUUACGUAUGUAAUGCAUUGUUUUAAUUUUAAGAUUUGACGAUCGGUGUUGAAAAACGUAUACAAUUUUGUUUUAAUUUAUUGUAUUAAAUGCAAUGAAGGAUUUGAAUCGAUAAUUUAAGUCAUAUUAAAUUAUUAAUUUAUGUUUUUUUUUAUAAGUUAUAAAAAGUGUGUUAUUUUAUGUUGCGUUCAUUUAUAUCAUGGCGGUACGCACAAAAUAUCAAUGUAAUAACCAAUAAUAUAGUUAUUGUAACAUGUAGCUUCUAAUAUAACUAAAUAUAUCAAUACAUUUGUAAUUCAUUAUAGUGUAACGUUGAAAAUCACAACAAAGCUCUCUUAAUCAUGGUAAAAGACAUUUUACAGGGACUUUCUAUAUGGUGUUUAAGUGUAAACAAGUAUUGUAGAGGAAUACCAUAACGAACAAAUGACAAGACGAAAAACGAUGACUUAACCAAGCCAUAUUAGAAAAUAUAUACAAAAAAAAUCAGAAUGCCAUCAGUUUAAAACUGUUGCCAAGGUAAAAAUACUUUUCAAAAGUGGCAACACCAUAAGCGUCAUUUGUUCGUUGUGGUAUUCCCAUCACAUAGACUUUAUAAGGAACGUAUAUAUGACUCGCAUCGUAUUGCAUUUAUGUAUAAGAUGUAGUACACUGUGUACUCAGCAUUCUGUAUGCCCUAUGUAUAGACAUACAGAUAUAUUAUGUAUAUUGAUUGUAUGUAAGCGACACAAUUUCUAAUUGUCACUGUAUAUUGUUAUCACAGUUUAUCAAAGAGGUUGUAUCCUCUUUUGAGGCUUUGAUCCCAAGGCAUACGUGAUAUUGGCUGAAUCUUUUACAUAAACAUUCUUGUUUACAUAACAAAUUAUGGACUCUAGAAUUCUAGACUAAUUACAAAGUUAUUAAAUCUACAUAUUAUUAUGUAUGUAUGUGUAAGAACUAAAAGAUAGUAAAAUUAAUGUCACGUAUGCUUUCGAUCUAAAUAUUGUUUUACUUUUAUAACAGAUUUUGCUUGAGGCAAUGAUAUUUAAUUUCAUAAUGUUAUUUUCUCUACAAAUUGUGCAUUUUGUAAACGAUUUGCUCAAAAUAGACGUAAUUUUGCGUAAGUCGUAGGAAAGUUGUGUUAUGGCCAUAACUUAUGUCCAAUACAAUGUUAUUCAGUAACUAUGUCUCAUUUACAUCAUUGUGUCGCAUAAUUCAAUAUUAUUAGGUUCAUUCAUGGUUCUAGUACAUUUGUUCUCACUAACCAGUGAUAAUAGCGGAAUCACUACACCUAGAACCAUUUACAUAUAUGUUAAACUCAUAUAUUAUAGUAUGUAAUGCAACAAGCAAUGCAAUAACAUGCGGAAAGUAUAGCGUUUAAGCUUAAAACGAAUACUCUGUAUGUUCUUUAUAUAUAUUUUUCUAUAAUGGUAGUCUCAUGUGGGAUUGGCUUUGAGCGGAGUUGUGGAUGUGCUAGGAUAAUGUUGCCCACGAAAAAAAACGUUCGAAAUCUGAAUAUUUCGCAGUCGAACUCAUUUAUUCGUAAUAUGUAGGCGUAAACAUAUCUCAUAGAAGAAUUAGAACAUUUUUAAUAAUUUCAGCCGCUUAGACAAAGGACAAAGAGGUAAUGAAUUUUACAUAAAAUAUUAUUUCUAGUGGGGUUCAAAUGUGUGAAUUUGACUUGAGGACAACUCACGUGUUAUUAGGGAAAAAAUAGAAAUCAAUUUAACGUCAAAUUUUAUAUUUAAAAUCUCAUAAAAUUAUGAAUUGAAACACGAAAAGAUCUAAAAGAAAAGCCAGUGAAUAAUUAUUCAGUCUACUGCUGAAAAAAACAUUUGAAUGUGUAAUUCAAUUGGAACUUUAAAUUGUCAAAGCAAGACAAUACAUGCUAAUUACAUACUCAUAUUGUUAAGGGACCUUUUCCAAAGUCUAGCUACCUGCUUGAUUAGAAUAACAAAAAAAAAUAUUUUUAAAAGAAAUUUAGGCGUAAAUUGCGAUUGUGGAUCGGAGUGCUUCGGAUGGAAAGAUAAGGAAAAAUUGAACUUGAAAAGUUUUAGUUUAAAUUUAGCGUGAAUUCAAAGCUAGGAGGCUACCAAAAAUAUGGUAGAGAUAAUAUUUUAUUGUAAUGUAUACUAUGACCAUCAUUACAGGCAAAAUGCUUUCGUAAAGUUAGUUUGAGGAUCGAAUAUAAUUCAUCUUCAUGCGUGUUGCGUGCGAGUGUAGUGCGAGUGUCUGACUAGGACUAAAGUUAGGAUUAGUUUACUUAUCAGAUUCACUAUCAUGUAAUCGUGUUUUACUACCAAUUAUUGACACGUAAGCUAAUGUCCAAAACAUUAAUUUAAUGAGCAAAUAACUUAGACUACGUUCAAUAUUGAAUUGUAAUUUAUAAUAUCGUAUAACAAUUUCUUAUCAGGAUAGCCGUAGAUUUAGUAAUAAUUUAUAGAAAAUGGAAAGCGUUGAAUAAUUAGCAAUUAAUAAACCACAAAAAGCAAUUUAAAUGUUUCCUAGAUAAUGUACAACUUUUGUUUUAAUUUUUUAGCUUUGUAAGCUAUGUGUUACUGCCGCUUACCCAUGUGUACGUAAGUUAUGAUUUGUUUAUAUAUCAUUUGAAUCAAUUAACAUCUUCGCUUUAGUUGUAAAUUUAGUGUAAUUAUUUCAACAAGUUUUACCAAAACAUGCCUCGCUUAAGUUUUACAUUUGUAUUUUGUUGUAAAUAAGUAAAACGAUAAUUUGUAGUGUGCUCUGGCAUAAUACAUACCUACCUAUGAAUACUUACAAAAUAAACUUUUCACCUGCUAA